CAGUUUUUUUUUUUUCGUUAGAAACUUUCCCACAUCCGGUGUUCAUUUAUUCAAGUAGACCAUUUUGCCUGCCGCUGAUUGCUCAUCUGGUCCAUAUUUCUGCAUAACAUCAUAGGUGAUGAUGCCGAGGUUUGGAUGGACGAUGAACGUUGGUGCAAUGAAAGGACGAAGCAGACUAGUUGACAUUCUCUGGUGCCAUCGUGCUAGCGUUGUGAAAGUUGGGAACUUGAACUAUGUUUGGGGAUAUCAACCUCCAAUACGUAAGGGACAACGACAACAAACUUCGAUUUAUCUCGACAAGCAACUGCACAUCAACUCUAUCCGAAUACAAGAGUGGGAAGUCGAGGAUACCAAUCGACUUGUGGCGAUGCCAAGCACCCAUGGUCCACGUUCGAGCGACUCAGGCACAGCGAUUCCCAGUUUGCGGCCUGAAUUGGAUAGUCCGAGAACAAUAACAAAUUUAUUCACAAUUUUUGAUUGAAACAAUAUUUAUAGCUAGAGCACCAUAUCGCAUCUUAAAAUUUUAACAUCAGCGAUACUCAUUUCUUUAUCUAAAUAUUUUCAUUCCCAUCGCUCGUUGCUGUUGUACUCUUUCUUUUUCUGCAUACCAUC